AUGAAUAGCUCUUUUCCUUAUGCCAUUCCCAAGCUUUCGAAACAAAAUUAUGGGCAAUGGUGCAUUCGCAUGAAGGCAUUGCUUGGCUCACAAGACGUGUGGGAAGUUGUUCAAAAAGGCUAUGAUGAACCGGAGGAUGAAGCGGCUUUGAAUCAAAAUCAAAAGAACGCGUUGAACAAGCUUCGUAAAGGUGAUCAACAUGCCCUCUCUAUUAUUCACAUGGGCUUGGAUGAAGCCAUGUUCGAGAAAGUUGCUUCCGCAUCAAAGGCCAAAGAAGCCUGGGAUAUUUUAGAAAAUAAUUUCAAAGGAAUUGACAAGGUGAAGAGGGUACGUCUUCAAUCUCUACGUGGUGAGUUCGAAUCUCUACAUAUGACGGGGUCCGAAUCCGUUUUUGAUUUCUUCACUAGAGUAUCCUCCGUAACCAAUCAAAUGAGGCAAUAUGGCGAAAAUAUUGACGAUGUUCGUGUUAUUGAAAAGAUUCUUAGAUCGCUUGACUCAAAGCUCGAUCUUGUUGGUGUUGCCAUUGAGGAAUCCAAUGACUUGGAGACUAUGACCCUUGAUCAGCUCAUGGGGUCAUUGCAAGCAUAUGAAAAAAGAUUAAAGAAGAAGGGAGAGACGGCGACCCAAGUACUCCAAACUAAGGUCUCUUUGAGAGAUCAAAUGAAAAAGCAAGAAUGGUCUCAUGGGAGAGGUCAAAAUCGUGGCCGUGAUCGUGGUCAUGGUCAUGGCCGUGGAGGAAACUUUGGUCGUGGUCGUGGUCAUGGAAGGAGCGGAGAUCAACAUUCCAUCAAUGAAAGGUCAAGCUUUCAAACAAGAGGACGUGGAAAUUAUGGCUACAAUAGAGGUGAAAGGAGAAGGUAUGAUAAAGCUAAUAUUCAAUGUUAUUCCUGUCACAAAUUUGGGCACUAUGCUAAUGAAUGUAGGAGUGCCACUACAAACAAUGAAGUGAAGGUCAAUUAUAUUGAACUUAAAGAAGAAGAAGACGAAACACUGUUGUUAUUGGCAACAAAUGAAGAAAGAGAGAAAGGAGCAUGGUAUCUUGAUACCGGUGCCGCAAAUCACAUGAGUGGCAACAUAGAGUCAUUCUCAACUCUUAAUGAGGCGGUGAAUGGCAACAUCAUCUUUGGAGAUAAUACUAAAGCCCCAAUCAAAGGAAAAGGUGAUGUCUUAAUCCGUGCUAAAAAUGGAAGUCAUCUUUUGAUAUCUCAAGUUUAUUAUGUUCUUACUUUGAAGUCUAAUAUUCUAAGUUUGGGACAAUUACUUGAGAUGGGAUAUGAUAUUCACUUGAAAGAUCGUUGCCUUCUUUUGAGAGAUGAUUCUCAUAAGUUGAUAGCAAAGGUGCUUGAAGAGUUGUGUUGA